UUCACAUUCCGAGCAUGUGAGAUGGCCUCUGUGCCUCUAACUCAGGCUGACUUCUUGCUUCCCUGCAUAUGCUUGUGACGCUAGAGAUCAGUAGAGGCGAGUAAGCUCCAUAGCAGAAUAAGCCUGGUUCUGGCAGAAAACUGUUUCUACCACUGCCUCCUCUGUAGGUCUGCAUUUAUGAAGACAGUAUAGUUAAGGAUGAGGGAGGAGCUGCUACCAAACUACUCUUUCCAGGCCACAAGAUUUCCUGUCCUGGCCCUGCCUUAAAAAUCACACCAGUUAGUGGGGCACAGGGACUCAUACCUGUAAUCAAAGAACUCUGGGAGGCCAAGGUAGGUGGAUUGCCUGAGCUCAAGAGUUUGAGACAGUUUGAACAAAAGCGAGUCUCUGUCUCUACUAAAAACAGAAAAACUAGCUGGUGAUGUGGCGGGUGCCUGUAAGUGUCAGCUACUCAGGAGGCAGAGGCAAGAGGAUCACUUGAGCCCAAGAGUUUGAGGUUAGUGUGAGCUAUGACACCAAAAGCACUCUACCCAGGGCCACAGAGUGUGACUCUGUCUCAAAAAAAAAAAAAAAAAAAAUUCCAGUAACUGGAGGCUGAGGAAACAGCAUGUGCCAAGGUGGCCCUGUGGUGGAAGGUGGCAUUACCGAUGUAAGCAGAGUUCAGAGAACAUUGGGGUUUAUGUUAUGUGCUGAGACUAGAGAUACUGGUGGGAGCAGACUGUCCAGGACCUGAAAGCCAAAGAAAGAAAUCUGGAAUAUCCUAAGAGAAAUGGGAAGCUGCAGAGGAACUUUAGGCAGGAGGAGGACUUCAGAUUGUUUUAAAAGAGGAAGAGGUAUGGCUCCUCCGUGGGGAGUGGACUAGAGGGAAGGAGAGGACUGUGGUCUGUACUGGGGAAGAGGCGGUAGGAACAGGAAGGACACAGAGGAAGGAGAUGUUUGCAGGUCGAACCAGCAGAAUUCAGAGAUGCCAUGAAGUGGGGCGAGGGGAAGAUGGGAGCAGGCAUCAGGCAUGGCACUCAGGGUUAGUUCUGUAGGCAAGUCCUGACCUUCCGGGCCUCCAUCCUGUCUCCACCUCUGCCCCUGCCAGCAUCUGGGUCACUUACCCUCUGACCCGAAUUUGUCUCUGUUGUUAUUGAUACUGGGGUCUCCUAGGAUAAGGCUCAAGGUAUGUGCCUGUUUCCUCUGCAAGGGACAGGGCAUACAGAUGGCCUUAGGUGAGAUUAAGGGGAUGACAGGCCACUUUCUUGGCUAAAACCCAAACCUAAACUUACCACUGGGGUGUGAGUGUCCACAUGCCCUUAGUGUAUAAAGGUCUGGGUGUGUUUGUGUUUCUGUGAUCAGCUUUUUGUGGUCACCUCAAGGCUGACAUUUGAGGAUUGAAGUUGGAUGUUGUGAAAACUCAUUCUAUCCAGCUCAUUUGUCACCAAGGCAAUGCCCACCUUGGUAUCUCUAGUCUCAGCACAUCUCAGUCUCUCCACUGGCUCAGUGCAGCCUCUGCUGGCUAGUGUUUUUCCCAAGUCCUGGGAAGUCAGAUAUUCAGACUCUGAAGAAAAGCUAAAAACACUCAAAACCUCCAUUCUCCCCACCCACACCUCUAUCAGUGGCUUUUAUUUAUUUGUUAUCUAUUUACCCCUUAUGCCUGCAUCUCCUAAAGCAGUGUUUUUCCUUUAUGUUUUUAUUUAUUUUUAUUUUUUUUGAGAUAGAGUCUCACUAUGUCGCCCUUGGUAGAGUGCUAUGGCAUUACAGCUCAGAGCAACCUCCAACUCUUGGGCUUAAAAGAUUCUCUUGCCUCAGCCUCCCAAGUAGCUGGGACUACAGGCGCCCACCAUAACACUUGGCUAUUGUUUUGUUGCAGUUGUCAUUGGUGCUUAGCUGGCCAGGGCCUGGUUCAAACCCGCCACCCUCAGUGCAUGUGGCCAGUGCCGUAACCACUGUGCUACGGGCACAGAGCCUGUUUCUCUUUUUUAAUCUACAGCACACUUGAACCUGUAGUUAAAUUUCCACAGCACACUUAAAUUAUGUCAAUCAAAAUAAGAAGAGUAAAAAAAAAAAAAAGAAGAAGAAGAAGAAUAUACUUACUGUGCUUUGAACUUCUUUCAAAAAUAACUUAAUUAAUAGUCUUUAAAAUUUUUCAAAUCACACCUAAGAUCCUCUCAUAGCACACCAGUUGAAAGUCACUGCCUUAGAGGCUUUCAGGAGCAAAACAGUUUAUCCUCCACAACCACAUCCUGGAGACUAGGGAAUUCCAGAGCUUCUCCUCUCUCUUGCCACUUGGCAGCACAAAUAGCUAUGGAAACAGCUGACCAGCAGUAGACAGUGGAGGGAAGGAAGGGAGCCAUGUGUGAGUUGGGGUGCCCCAACCACCCUUGCUUCUCUGAAGCAGAGCCCAAGGGACCCACACUCUGCAGUGCCCCCACCCAAGAGAACACCCAGCUACAGUGAGCAGGGAGUAGACCCACCUCUACCCAGUGUCCUUGAUUUGCCUGCCACUUGGACAGCAGGCCCUAGGCAACAUCAAGUGCAUAGUGCCGAAGAUACAUCACAACUGGAAGCACAACCCCUCCUGAAGAAUUUGGGCCCUCCAGUAUCUUUGGAAGAGUGUUCUUAUUUCAUUGUUAGAGGACCUUCUUGCAUCUCCAUUGAGACUUUCUCCUCCUCCACACCACUCCCCCGCACGCGGCCCAGCAUCGGGAAACCGAGAGCUCAGAGAACUGUAGCCACAGAGACGCAUGUACCACUCAGUGGGGCUGGGAUAGGCUGCAGACACUUGCGAGCAGCGGGUAAGGGAGAAAGGGAGAGGCCAGGCGAGUUGGCGCACGCGGCGGCGGCGGCCCGCCCAGCCCGCGGGGGCGCCCUCAGGGAUGGAGCGGGAGCGCCGCGGCGCCCCCUGGUGGCUGAACUACGCGGCAUCGCGGCUGUUCGCAUCCGUCGCGUGGUCCCGAGACUUCAACCCGGUCCUCGCGAGGCCGCGCCUCUGGGUGACCUGAAUCGCGGGUUCCGACUCCAUCGUCACCUUUUGCCUCCGACACCGGUUCUUCUCAGGCUCUCGCGACUUUCACGACUUUCACCCUUACUCCUCUGUUCAAAUCUCAGCAACAUGCAACCCAUGAACCUCGAGGGUUCCCGCGCGUUCCGCAGGCGGCCUCUGCUGUGCCUGCUGCUUCCACUGUUACUGUUGCCGCCGAAGCCUCUAACCCUCUCCCAGACUACGCCGGGCGCCUCCAGCGCCCCAACAAAGCCGGGCAGCCUCGCCACGCCAGGCACCCCCAGCACCCAGGACCUGAGAGAGCGUGCGCGGGCACUGAUGCGGGAAUUCCCGCUUGUGGAUGGCCAUAAUGACCUGCCCCUGAUCCUGAGGCAGUUUUCCCAGAACCGGCUACAGGACGUUAAUCUGCACAAUUUCACCCAUGGCCAGACCAGCCUGGACAGGCUUAGAAAUGGCCUCGUGGGCGCCCAGUUCUGGUCGGCCUACGUCCCAUGCCAGACUCAGGACAGGGAUGCUGUGCGCCUCACCCUGGAACAGGUUGACCUCAUUCGCCGUAUGUGUACCUCCUACCCUGAGCUGGAGCUGGUGACCUCAGUUAAAGCUCUGAACAAUACCCAGAAACUGGCCUGCCUCAUUGGUGUGGAAGGUGGCCACUCACUGGACAACAGCCUCUCCAUCUUACGUACCUUCUAUUUGCUGGGAGUGCGCUACCUAACUCUCACUCAUACCUGCAACACACCCUGGGCGGAGAGCUCGGCUAAGGGCAUUCACCCCUUCUACACUAAUGUCAGUGGGCUGACCAGCUUUGGAGAGAAGGUGGUAGAAGAAAUGAACCACCUGGGAAUGAUGGUAGACUUGUCGCAUGUCUCGGACGCUGUGGCACAGCGGGUCCUGGAAGUGUCACAGGCACCAGUGAUCUUCUCCCACUCAGCAGCCCGGGGUGUGUGCAACAAUACUCGCAAUGUUCCUGAUGACAUCCUACAGCUUCUGAAAAAGAAUGGUGGCAUUGUGAUGGUAUCUUUGUCUAUGGGAGUGCUGCAGUGCAACCAGUUAGCCAAUGUGUCCACUGUGGCAGAUCACUUCGACCACAUCAAGGCAGUCAUCGGUUCCAAGUUCAUCGGGAUCGGUGGAGAUUAUGAUGGGGCUGGCCAGUUCCCUCAGGGGCUGGAGGAUGUGUCCACAUACCCAGUACUGAUAGAAGAGUUGCUGAGUCGUGGCUGGAGUGAGGAAGAGCUUCAGGGCAUCCUUCGUGGAAACCUGCUACGGGUCUUUGGACAAGUGGAACAGGUACGGGAGGAAAACAAGUGGCAAAGUCCCUUGGAGGACACAUUCCCAGAUGAGCAGCUGGACAGUUCUUGCCACUCCGUCAUCCCACGUCAGCGUCAGAGACAAUCACUGGUUUCAGACCAGAAAUUAACCAAGAUUCCAACACAUCAGACAUCCAAGUUAUCAUCCAAGUGGUCAUUCUCAAAGUCUUCCCCUGUUGUGGCCCCAAGCCUUACAGUUGUUGCCACCUUCCUAGUACUUAUUGUGUGGCUCUGGUGACCUAGUCAGUCCUGUCAGAUUCACUAUGGCAACUGCAUACACCCCCACAACAUUCCCCUGCUGUGCAGGCACAAACAUUUUUUGAAAAUAAAGGUUUUGAACAU